GUUUUGAUUACUUAAAUAGCUACCGUGUGUGUUAAAAAGUAUAAUUUGUUUUGUAUUUUGUGUCGUAAAGAGAUAUAAAAUAUUAGAAACAAUAAUGGCCACAUUGGUUUUAAUUUCAUUGCGCAGAGGUCAUAAUAUUAGAACCUUGGGAACAUUGUCGUACUCCUCACAGCCUAAACGUGAAUGUAAAAAAGACCUUCAUAAAGUGGUUAACGUUGCAAUUAUAGGAGCUCCAAAUGCUGGAAAAAGUACUCUAAUUAAUAAAAUUACUGAGCGAAAGAUAUGUGCAGCAUCUAAUAAAGUACACACAACAACAAAGUUAGUGAGAGCAAUAUGUUAUGAACAGGAUACUCAAAUUGUAUUUCUGGAUACACCAGGAAUUGUGACAGAGAAAGAACAAAAAAAAUAUAACUUGCCAGAUUCUAUGCUUGCAGCUUGUGAGAAAAGCUUAAGGUGUGCAGAUGUUGUCGGAGUAGUGCAUGAUGUCUCUAAUAAGUGGACAAAGGAUAAUCUGCAUAGUGAUGUCAUCAAAAUGUUGGAAAUGAUCAAACAUAUACCAAGUUUUUUGAUACUUAACAAGGUGGAUAUGCUGAAAACCAAAAAGCAAUUAUUAGCAAUCAUUAGGAACCUUACAAAUGGUAUGAUUGCUGGAAAUCCAAUACCAAAUGCAAACAAAAACAAGAAGAUGGAAGAAAGAGGUUACAGUCAUUUCUCUGAUGUUUUCUUAGUAUCAGCACUGAAUGGAGAUGGUGUUAAUGAUAUAAAGAAAUAUCUCAUUGGCAAUUCAAAACCCCGCUCACUACAUUACUCAGCAACAGACUGGUCGGAUCAGACGCCCGAGACGUUAAUAGAAGAGGCUGUGCGAGCUAAGUUUCUAGAUUUCCUUGCGCAGGAAAUCCCAUACAACUUGAAAACGCAGCUAGAAUACUUUGACGAUAUAAAACACGAAGAUAAGAUCAUUUGUUCUGUUUCCGUAGAAUGCCCUACAGAGAGACUUGCUAGAUUGAUAAGCGGCGCUGGCGGUGGGAGAUUACAACAGAUCAAAUCACAUGUUAGAAAUGAUCUAAUCGACAUGUUUAAGAAGACUGUUGUUAUAGAUAUCCGGUUAAAAGUGAAAAGUAAACCGCCAUCGGAAGAGACGUUGCGAUUUUAGAAUUGGUUUGGACUUUGUAGGUAUUUAUGUUACUAUACGUUUUCCUACCUAAAUGUAAUAAGUUAUAUCAAUAAAUGUUUAC